CAAGUGUCUUGCAAGCGUUUGUUUGUGUUAGCCAUGGCGAAGCUGAAGCUGCUGAAGAAGCCAGCUCGUGGAAGCAGCUCCAAGAAGCCCAAAGCGAAGGGGGCGACUGUGGCGAGCGGCCGAAGGGCAAGGUGGCAAGUCUUUUCAGGACAGAAACAGAAGACGGUGGGUCGGCUAAAGAAGGCGCAACUCACGAAAAACAGGCGUGGAAAAGUGGUGGCAAAGAAGGCAUCUGAAGCUGCAAAGAAUCGCUAUGCCAGUUCAAAGAUCAAGACAUGGUAUGAGAGUGUGAAGGAUGCCCGGGAGGCUCCUUUUUGCCACGCAAGCCGACGCCAGCUCGUUGCUGGUCGUUGGGCCCCAUGGACCGCCAAGGUCAAACCAUCUCUGGCAAGGCCUUGCUGUUGAAGGCCAAGGCAUUCUACAAUGAGAAGAUCUAUGGAAUACCGGCCAAAGUGACAGCAGAGUAUUUCAGCACUGCGAAUCAGCAGCCUGCAACCUGAAUUGGGCCAAUACUGGUUCGUUUGUGGACCUGCGCCAUGCGCUGCUCCAAAAUUGUUCCAUGUGCCAGCUGAGCCUCAUGCUGAGCGGUGGAGGACUACCAGAAGCCCAGUUUGGGUCCUGCAGCUGGGCUAGCUGCAGGAUCAAAACUGGGCCGUUGGGCUUAUGAAGUUUUGCCCCACCUCACAGGCAUGGUUGGCCUGGUUGGCAGUCCAGCCUCGCACCCAAAGCCGAACAGGAGAGGAACGGGGCGGGCCCGUACAACAAAAGAGCGACCACUCAGGUGCAAGUAAUGUACACUGUUCAUAACAUUUCAUACACAUUUUGUUGGAUUUUGCUCGCUUUGCCGUCAA